UCAGUGCUGCACUGUAGGUGGCUGAUAAGUCUUAGUCCACCUCGUCUGUUCUAAGAUGGUCGUUCCAGUUUGACGCUGUUGUCCUCAAAGUAAUGAUUCGUCUCCUUCAGAUUGAACCAAUCUGUGCAGUUCUGGCUGUGUUGAACAGGAUAAACUCCCUCGCUCUGUCUAUGCCUGGCUGUUCUGUCCUUGGGGUGGACAAGUUUCUUGUUGGAGGGUUUAAAGUGAACCAGGAUACAAUGUUUAUUAAAGAUGUUCCAGCGACGUUGUGGAUUACGUUUUCUCGUCUCCUCUCGAUUUUUCAGAGGUUUGGCUAGCCACAGAUUUUAAGUGCUCCUCUGAUGUGCUUCUGUUCCCUUUUUCUUUCUUUGGGAACAUGGUCUCAGCCUGGUGGUCUCAGGUCUCUGAUGACCCCCCUAGCUUGUGCUCCAAGUGGGUGAUGAGAAUCGAAAAGCAAGCAUCUAAUCUGUGAAGAAACAAAGUCUUUGUCUCCAUUUUUGACCUCUCAAUCUGCUAAUUAUGACUUUUGUCAGAGUUAAGACUUCACACAUUUCAGCAUGUUUUGGCGCCACUUAACAGACCGUUAACAUGUUAACGUUCUGCAUUAUGAUGCUGUGUUCCCCCAGCUGCUGCUCUCCUGCUUGCUGAUGAGCGAUGUUUGUGUAAAUGUUUGGUCAAGCUGGAAUAAUGAUCCGAAUCAUUCAAACGGCUCGAGGCUGUGUUCGUCAUUAGCAGAGACAGCUGAUGUUUUUCUCCCCUCGUUUUUACGUCACAUGAAAACCUGAACAAAUUGAAAGUAACCAUCACGCGUCUCAAGGAAACAGAGACGGCCCUCACGGUGAACUGCUGCUAUGCUGUGAACGGGCUUAUAUGGUGCAGUCCGUGGCGCUCGUCGACAGUCCUCGGACACGGUGGUGCGCAGACGCUUCGCCAGCAUGACCGCCACUUUCUUCAUCGGCCAAGUCAUCGCCGUCGUCUCCCUCUCGGCCUUGCUGAUCCUCGCCCUCGCCAAGCUGGUUUCCCGCCACGGCUGCAGCCACGUGCCGGGCGGUCACGGCCACGCUGUGCUGAUAACGGGCUGCGACAGCGGCUUCGGGCACCAGCUGGCUCGAUGUUUGGACCACAGAGGGUUUGUGGUCUUCGCUGGGUGCUUGUUUCCAGAGGGAGUCGGCGCCCAGAGCCUGGCCAGACAGUCGUCCAGUAAUCUGAAAAUCCUCAAGCUGGACGUCACCAGCGAUGAAGACGUUCAGCAGGCCAAGAAGAUCAUCCAGGAGAGCUUGCCAGAGAAAGGCCUGUGGGCGGUCGUAAACAACGCCGGAAUCUCCGACUGGGCCGAGAUCGAAUGGAGCACCGUUGAAGACUUCCGCCACAUGGUCGACAUCAACCUGUUCGGCUCCAUCAGGACCUCCAUCGCCUUCCUGCCACUGGUUCGCGCCACCAAAGGUCGCAUGGUCUACAUGUCGAGCAUCUUCUCCUUCUUCAACUGCCUGAACAUGGGAGCAUACAGCGUGUCGAAGAGAGGGCUGGAGGCGUUUGCAGACUGCCUGAGAGUCGAGAUGGCCAGCUUUGGCGUGAAGGUCAGCAUCAUCCAGCCCGGCAACUUCGGCCAAGCCACCAACAUCCUGAAGAUUAAAACAGGUUUUGACAUUUGGGAGAAACUAGACGAGGAACGAAAGCAGGUUUUCAACCGGCAGUACGUCGACCUUGCCAACGAGUACUUCGUGUCGUCGUGCAGGUCGGGGUUCGAGAACCCCGACCUGGUCAUCGACGCGAUGAUGCACGCCGUCACGUCCGUUCAGCCCAAGUACAGAUACCUGCUGGUCUCCGUGACGGACACGUUCUUCCUCAAGCUCUUCCCUCACCUCCCCACCGCCCUCGCCGACGCCGUGUUUUCUUUGAGCUCCAUGUACGCCAGAAGACGAGAGAUGCUGUACGCUAAAUAG